AUGGAAGAGUGGUGGCCCAAUUUGAAUGAAGGGAUUCUUUCUCAUUUGCAGCGGGUUUUCGUGACUCCUCUUCGUUUAGAUGCUGCUUUUGACAAUGAUGAAGAAAUUGCCAUUUUACUCGAAUCUGAAUUCCCUGACAUUCUUCCUGAAGAUGUGCUGGAUUCAGUUGCAGUCUUGUCACAGUGGAAGGAGGAGAUGGCCAGGCCUUUGAAGCGCGCACGCGCAGAGGUCGUGAGAGGCGCGUUGUUUCGGCUGCCAUUGCAUGGGCAACUCACUGUGCAGGAAGAAUUUUCCAGGCUCACCCGUACAAGUGCAAUUUGCAUACUUGAGAUGCAUGUCAAACAGAAGCAGAAGAGAUACAGAGAAGAUCCUGCAGAUGCUCGGACAAAGAGGUAUGAAUCGGAGCGCAGGAAGUAUUCGAAUUUGCUGGCUCAGAUCAUCAUCCAAGCCGGGCUCCCUAUCGCUGAGCUUGUGAGAACGCUGGAGGACCCUCGGAGUGGCUGGUUGCAUUUGUUUGCUGCAAGGCGUGGGAACACCCUGAAGAAUAGGUACAAAGUUUGGAAGCCGUUUGAACAGUGGUUGGAAUGGAACCGUGGGUACCUUUAUCCCAAAGGGGUCAGGGAUGCCAUCGACUAUUUGCAGCAUAGAGUGGAUGACGGUUGUGGGAAGACAGAUCUCAGAGGAUCCAUUGUGGGUUGGACACAUCAAGUCUGGGCGGCGGAGUUGGCUGAAGAUGCAGCACCCAGGAAGCCUGCUGAGAUGUAUACAGUUGCAAUGUUGAUUUCUUUGGAGCUGACCAUUGUUGACGAAGCGGAACAGCUGUACACCCGUGCACUCUCCUGGAUUGUCUUGUGCAUGGUCUGGGGGGCGAUGAGAUGUGAUGACAUGCAAUCCGCAUUGCCUCACAGGUCUGUUUUAUCCAACUUUGGAUUGCGUUUGGUCUUGGGGCGCUCGAAAACAACAGGCCCUGAUAAGCCCCAGAAGGAGGUGUCGGUCCACGUGCUGAGGACCACGUCGUUGACUGGAGAGGAUUGGCUGAAGGUGGGUUUUGACAUUUGGUCUGCCGACCCUUUCAAUUACAAGCGUGAUUACAUGGUGAUGGAGCCCAACAAAGGAUGGGAUGGAGUGAAAAGGAAGUUCUUGGCCCCUGCUGGACUGAGCAGUGCAGUCUCCAAGCUCCUUGGAGGCCUUGCGGUCCCGCGGAGAACCGCCCUGGGCUGGGAACUGAUGCCGGCUCAGCAUUUGCUGCCGGAUGGGCUUGAGUCAUUUUUCAGUGGGCACAGUCCACGGAACUUUGUGACUUCGGUGGCUGCAGCCUUGGGUUUUUCCAAGGACGAGCGGGCAUACCUUGGAAGAUGGAGCAUGGGGAUGGUGUCCUCUGAGGAGUAUGUGCGCACCUCCCGUCAGGUGAUUUUCAAGAUCCAGAAGGCCGUCAACAAGUCCCUGGUUGAUGGAUCAGGGGACCCAUUUUACGAAGAUGAGACCAUUGGCAAGCUUUGUGAAUUUGCCUCAGCAUCUGGGGCAAAUCCCAAUCGAAUUAAAAAGAGGCACUCGGUGCUGGUGUAUGGAGUACCUGGUGGAUCUCCCUGCCUUGGUGGAGUUUACCCAACUCUUCAGGUGUUGCCGGAAGACUGGGAUGAGAAUGAUGACAGAGACGGCACCGAGAUGGACCUGGCAGAAAAGGUCGCUUCGCAUGCUGCAAAGGAGGCAUUGGCAUCACAGCAUUUGGGGAAGUAUUUCAUCACCAUUUCUCGGAGGACAGCGCUCCGACGGUUGCACAUGGCUGGAUGUUUUGCGAAGCCCGAUCGGUGCUGUGAAGUUUCUUUCAUGGAUGAGGUCCAGCAGGACUCUUUUGAUGCAAUCUGUCAGGCUUGCAAGAAGAGGAUGAUGGCUGAGUGUGGGAAGGACCCGCCAGAGAUGUCCACAUCCACGGCAUCGUCUUCUUCGACGGCGUCAGUGCUCAGCGCCGGCGAUCAGCCAGUUGGAGAGAGUUAG